UAAUUUAUGAUUAUGUGAUAUAUUUUGGACAUCACAAGUUCUCCCUACAAGAAUUCCGUAUAGAUGAGUUGAUACCUUUGGUAUUCUUUGACAAGUGUCAAAAAAAAGGGAUCAUCCGCAAAAUGUCUAUCAAUAUAGACAUAAAAUUGAAACGCGCGAGUAAAAUAUAUCACGAAGGGGAGGUAGUUGCUGGCCUGAUACAGUUAAAAACUAAUUCAGACGUGAAGCACGAUGGUAUAUUUCUCACUAUGGAAGGCUCGGUGAAUUUGCAGCUUAGUUCGAAGAACGUCGGCAUUUUCGAAGCAUUUUAUAAUUCCGUUAAACCGAUACAAUUAGUACAAUAUACACUAGAUGUUGCUCCAUCUGGAAAGAUUCCCAGUGGUAAGACAGAAAUACCAUUUGAAUUGCCAUUAAAGCCAAGAGGAAACAAAUCUCUUUACGAAACGUAUCAUGGUGUUUUUGUGAAUAUACAAUACCUGAUACGCUGUGAUAUAAAAAGAAGUUUCCUCGCAAAAGAUGUCAGCAAGUCAUUGGAGUUUAUAGUCGAGGAUAAAGCAAGUGCUAAAGUGGAGAAGGAUCAUAGUAAGAUCGUGUUCUUCAAAAUAAUGCCAGAGUCUCUGCAAAAUAGUCGGGACAGGCCUAAUGUAACAAGAUUUUGCAUUGCGGGAAGAUUAGACUCUUUGUAUUGCAAACUCUCUGAACCCUUGACAGGAGAAGUAGUGAUCGAACAAUGUGAGGCUGUUAUAAAGUCUAUAGAAUUACAGUUAGUGAGGGUGGAAACUUGUGGAUGUGCGGAAGGAUACUCUAGAGAUGCGACGGAGAUACAAAAUAUACAAAUCGGGGAGGGCAAUGCUUGCACAAAUCUUGCUAUUCCAAUCUACAUGAUAUUUCCAAGAUUAUUUACAUGCCCCACUUUAAGCACAAGCAACUUCAAAGUUGAAUUUGAAGUAAAUCUUAUCGUUGUGUUUGAAGAUGAUUAUUUGGUCACUGAGAACUUUCCUAUCAUACUCUCACGAUACUAAAA